ACAGGGGGCGACAGAGGAAGAGCCUCAGUGAGCGAGUGCGGUUGAUGUUAGCUUAGCUGACAAGACGUAAAAAAAAAAAAAAAAAAAAUUUAAAGUGGUCCCUUGUCAAAGUAACAGUCGCCGUCGACGAACCCGGAGCGAGGUUGAAUCGAGGCACCCGCACGACCGCUUCGCCACGAUGAGCUUUCUGUUUAGCAGUCGCUCAUCCAAGACCUUCAAGCCUAAGAAGAACAUCCCAGAGGGCUCGCAUCAGUAUGAGCUGCUGAAACAUGCUGAGGCCACGCUGGGCAGCGGGAACCUGCGGCAGGCGGUCAUGCUGCCGGAGGGAGAAGAUCUCAAUGAGUGGAUCGCAGUCAACACUGUGGACUUCUUCAACCAGAUCAACAUGCUGUACGGCACCAUUACGGAGUUUUGUACGGAGGCCAGCUGCUCCGUCAUGUCUGCUGGCCCAAGAUAUGAGUACCACUGGGCCGAUGGCACCAAUAUUAAAAAGCCCAUCAAAUGUUCAGCGCCCAAGUACAUUGAUUACCUGAUGACUUGGGUUCAAGACCAGCUGGAUGAUGAGACUCUCUUUCCCUCCAAGAUCGGGGUUCCUUUUCCCAAGAACUUCAUGUCUGUGGCCAAAACCAUCCUGAAGCGCCUGUUCAGGGUUUACGCGCACAUCUACCAUCAGCAUUUUGACUCUGUGAUGCAGCUGCAGGAGGAGGCUCACCUCAACACCUCCUUCAAGCACUUCAUUUUCUUUGUCCAGGAAUUCAACCUUAUCGACCGCAGAGAGCUCGCGCCCCUGCAGGAUUUGAUCGAGAAGCUCGGUUCCAAGGACAGAUAGACAUUACAUCACACAUCUCUCCUUUGAUUUUUUUGCUUUUGAACACUUAGUUUUUCCACCCUCUCUCUUUCUCUCGCUUUCCUCGGCUUCUGCUGCUACCUCCGCGACUUCGAGACUCAAAACUCGGUUUGUGCCUUCUUCUCGUCAUUCCUCUCAGCAGCGCAUUUGAAUUGUACUUUUAAUCCAUCUGCUGUCUUGAAAUACUGUCUGAGCCUUUUUCCGCUUAUAUUAUUAUUAUUAUUUUUUUGUCCUUUUUUCAUAUGAAGUCGCAAUGUGUACUAAAUAUAAUAUUUACAAGACUGGUUAAUGAGGGAAAAAAAGGGCUGUUUAGUUUUGAAUUCGGACCAAGAAAAGAAGUGAAAAUGAGCUGUUUCCACUUUUAAAAGCUGAUAUUUUAUGCAUUCAUAACUGUGUUUUGACCGAAAAAAAAAAAUUACAUGAUCAUUUCCUGUUAGAUAAGUGAAAUUUUUUUAGCAAUUAUUGGUGGACCAAACCAGGCUACAGAUUUCCGGUCCAACGUGAAGAACGGUUGACGUGCUCAGUGCCGUCUAAGGCAAUACAAUGCAUUGACGGGUGAUUGCGAGAAGCCUUUUACUCAGAUAUGACUCAAUUUCUUGUCCAUGUUCUCAUAAUUCCAUUUUUUAAAUUAAAAUAGAAGAUAGCGAGUAGGGCUUCCAGUAAACUUCUGUAUAGUGAAAAUACAAAGUGUAGAGACAUUGUGAAUGCAAAUUUUUAGUCAUUAGAUUAUUUUUGUUUUUGUUUUUGUUGGGUUAUUUCUAUGGUGCCGAUCAUUUGUGGAACUGAUGACUGCGUUUCCUCAGUGUUGGUACUGAUUUCCCUGGGGGUCAACAACGAUUACCUCUGCGUAGCAAGAGGGCAAGUUCAGUGUAAAUAUUGUGGCGGCGGUCCUGUUUUGAACCUACUGCCAUCUUUUUACUUAACCGAUAGCAACUGAUAUUCCAGUGGAUUUGGCAAAAAUCGCUGCAAAUGGAUUUUAAUUCCUGAAAAAAGACAUUUCUGCCAUCUGCUGCAGUAACCAGUCAUUUUUUUAGUAGUUCCGUGCAACAUUCCUUCUUUUAUUUGAUUUUCAUGCUCAUAAUGCCCCUUUAUGUGAAUAUCACACCAAUCCAUGUCAAAUUUAGUCCCAUAACCAGAUUUAUCACCGCCACAUUUCAUAUUUUUUAUACGUGUCGAAUUACAGAGUGUGCAAGGGCUGGCAAAUAAAUUGAGGUUUUUUUUGUUUUUUGUUUUUUUUUUAUCACGACCUUGGUCAUUUUGACUGAUAAAGCGUGCACAAAUGUACAGCGUCUACUGCGUCCAAAUCUUUUGCUGUAAAUAAGAUCAGCAUUUUUAUCUGAUUGAAAAUGGUGCCUUUUACAUAAUUGAAAUGCCUUGAUGUGACUGUAUUGGCAGAUUAGCAAUUAAAAAAAUAAAAUGAAAUAAAAAGGACAAUGCUCUA